UAUCGAUACCUGCGGCUGCACAUAGUUAAAUACGCUAAGCACGAGACAAUAACAAGCCUGAGAAUUACCAAUAGAAACGACAACAACGACAACUGAAAGCCAGGAACAAUGCAAAAGCUACUCCGUGGCGUUGCAUGUUGCCAACAUGCCGCCAACAACGGAGUGAACGUUAGCCAGUUGCAUAUACCACGUACGCAACAGCUGGGCCGCCGCCUGCUGAGCACUGCGACUGGCCAUGCAGCAGAUGCGGCCGAUGAGCAGGUGUUGAGCAAGCGAAAAUUUCAGCCGCACGAAGCCGUCGAUCCCAACGAGAAGCUGGCCGGACAAGUGCCGGGACAGGCGCGUGUCGUCAUUUGUGGUGGAGGCAUCACUGGCGCCUCGGUGGCCUACCAUCUGGGCCUGCAGGGCUGGGGCGGCGAGACGCUGCUAAUCGAACAAGACGGCGUUGGCGGCGAGCUGCCCUGGAGUGCCUGCGGCCUGGCCGGUCGCUUUGAGCCCAGCUAUACGGAACUGAAGCUAUCGGAGUAUUCAAUUGAUUUAAUCAAGCGGCUGACGGAGCGAGGUUUGCCCACCGGCUGGCGGCAGGUGGGCAGCCUGAAUCUGGCGCGCAGUUUUGAUCGCAUGACUUCCUUCCAUCGCAUGAAAUCCCAGGCUGUCGCCUGGGGCAUGAACUGUGAGAUACUCACGCCGGAACAGUGCAAGCAGCACUGUUCACUGCUCUCGUUGGACGGCAUCGAGGGUGGGCUCUGGAUACCGGAGGAUGGCGUCUGUGAUCCGCACCUGGUCUGCCAUGCAUUCAUCGAGGAGGCACGACGCCUGGGCGUGCGCAUUGUUGAGCACUGCGCCGUCAAGAAGAUACACAGCGAUCACGGCAAGGUGGCGCGCGUCGAGACCACCUCCGGCGAUGUGAACUGCGAGUACUUUGUCAAUUGCACCGGCUUCUGGGCGCGCGAGGUGGGCACUUUGUCCAAGCCCGUGGUAAAGGUGCCGCUCAAGGCCGUGGAGCAUCACUAUCUGCACACAAAGCCCAUCGACCAGUUGGAUCCGUAUACGCCGUUCGUGCGCGACUUUGACGGACGCAUCUUCUUUCGCGAGUGCGAGGGUCACAUCCUGGCUGGUGGCUACGAGCGUGAGGCGAAGAUGGUAUACGAGGACGGCGUCAUACCGCUGUCGCAGAAGGCUCGCCAAUAUCCGCCCGACUGGGAUCACUUUCAUGAGCUGCUCGAUGAGCUGUUGCAGCGUGUACCCUCAUUCCGUGAGGCUUCGCUGGAUCGGCUGACGAACUCGCUGCAGGUGUUCUCGCCCGAUUGCAAAUGGAUAUUGGGCGAGGCGCCCGAGAUACAAAACUACUAUGUGGCCGCUGGCAACAAAACGAUGGGCGUUUCCGCCUCCGGCGGCAUUGGACGCGUGCUCACCGAUCUCAUUACGAAGGGAUCUACGUAUCUGGAUCUGCACAUAUUGGACAUCAGUCGUUUCCUGGGCCUGCAUAACAACCGCAAGUUCUUGCGGGAUCGGUGUAAGGAGGCGCCCGGCAAGCACUUUGAGAUCAACUAUCCCUUCGAGGAAUUUCAAACUGGACGCAAUCUGCGCAUGUCGCCCAUCUAUCCGCAGCUCAAGGAAGCGGGCGCCGUCUUUGGCCAGUCCAUGGGCUAUGAGCGACCCAACUAUUUUGAUUUGAAUGACAAGCAAGAUGAGUUUGGGCUGCCGCGCUUUCGCAUCUCUCAGACGCGCACCUUUGGCAAACCACCCUGGUUCGAUCACGUCGCCACAGAGUAUCGCGCCUGUCGCGAACGCAUCGGCAUUGCCGACUAUAGCUCCUUCACCAAGUACGAUUUUUGGUCCAAGGGCAACGAGGUGGUCGAGCUGCUGCAGUAUCUCUGUUCCAACGAUGUGGAUGUCGCCGUUGGCUCCAUUAUACACACGGGCAUGCAGAAUCCCAAUGGUGGCUAUGAGAACGAUUGCUCCCUGGCGCGUCUCUCCGAGCGGCACUACAUGAUGAUUGCUCCGACCAUACAGCAGACGCGCUCCAUGAGCUGGAUACGCAAGCACAUGCCAGAUCAUCUGCGCCCCAAGGUCAAUGUGGCGGACGUGACCUCCAUGUACACGGCCAUAUGUAUACUGGGCCCAUAUUCUCGGAUUUUGCUCUCGGAGUUAACCGACACAGAUCUCUCAGCCAAGAGCUUCCCCUUCUUUACAUAUAAGGAACUCGAUGUGGGCCUAGCCGAUGGCAUACGCGUCCUGAACAUCACACACACUGGCGAACUGGGCUAUGUGCUCUAUAUACCCAACGAGUAUGCGCUGCAUGUGUACUCGCGACUGCAUAAGGCUGGUCAAAAGUACCAAAUACAGCAUGCAGGUUACUAUGCGACGAGGGCGCUGCGCAUCGAGAAGUUUUAUGCGUUCUGGGGUCAGGACUUGGAUACGUUCACGACGCCGUUGGAGUGCGGACGCAGCUGGCGUGUCAAGUUCAACAAACCGAUUGAUUUUAUUGGACGCAAAGCGCUGCUGAAGCAGCGGGAGGAGGGCGUGAAGCGAAUGUAUGUGCAGCUGCUGCUCAACGAUCAUGAUCACGAGGUGGACAUGUGGUGCUGGGGCGGUGAGCCCAUUUAUCGGGAUGGCAUCUAUGUGGGCAUGACGACAACAACCGGCUAUGGUUAUACCUUCGAGAAGCAGGUCUGCUUGGGCUUUGUGCGCAACAUUGAUGCGCAGGGCCAAGAGCUGGCCGUGAGCAACGAGUACGUGCUGUCCGGGCACUACGAGGUGGAGGUGGCCGGUGUGCGGUUCGAGGCCAAGGUGAAUCUGCACUCGCCCAACCUGCCCACCAAGUUCCCGGAUCGCGAACGCGAGGCCUAUCAUGCGACGCGCGACAAACCCGACCAGGCAGAUCUGCUCUCGUUCAGCUCAAAUCUGACGGAGACGCGCCAUUGAGCCCCACCGUGCCGCUCCCCACCAUCGGCCGCUCCUAUCCCAAAUCUGUGUGCCCGUUCUCCAUUCUUUUAUAUUUGAUAUACAGCCAAGCGAAAAUGUUUGUCUCAUUUCGUUCGCUCGUUCGUCUCACUUCGAGUCUCAAUUGCAAAGCGAUAUUAGUUUAUAUUGUCAUUAUAUAGUAACAUAUAUACAUAUAUAUUAUUUGUAUAUAUGGAGAAAGAUCGGCGAAUGAGCGAAUGAGAGAGCCGAGGCGUGUCAGAGUGAGAGAUGCGAUAUUAGUUUUUGCUCAAAGAGGCUGCGCCCUUUAAGCAGAGCGCAGCGGAUAGUUGUGUGUUAUCGAUAUACACACAUAUAUAUAUAUAUAUAUAUAUAUAUAUAUGCCUAUCGAUAUAUUUAUCGCAGUUG